AUGGGCACUGGACGAGCACGACACACACGUUCUGCGGGGCCACCUGGCAGCGGGUACAGGAAUUUCCGUCGGGGAGGGGGAUUUUUGAAUUUGGAGCGCCGAAGGAAAAGAAAAAAACAGCGGUUGACAAAUUCUUCUCGGGUGUGUUCAUCUGCCUCGGCCGCCGAGCUUUGCCUCAUUGCCACAGAUGACUUUCACGACAGGGGGGAGCAGGAUAGCUCUGUCCUUUCUGAUUUUGACGCAAUAAAUGACGUCAUUCAGGAGUUUCUCUUGGAAAGUGACGAUGAGGAGGAGGAGGGUGGGUUUAAUCACGUGUCUAUCUUCCACGCCGUAAAGCCUUUUUUCGGUUAUUCGCGCACGACCAAAGAAUCCCAUAGAAGACAGGCACGAAAGGUUGUUUCUAUGCUACCUUCUCGCCUUGCAACUUCUGGUGCUUCCGUGACACCGGGACUGAUGCUUGCAGAGGCAAUGCUUCCCGGUAUUGGGGGGAAAGGAUUUCGGCGUCGACAGGACAAGACAUUACUCCCAUCUGACAAGGGCUUGCCUUUGUCUCCUCUCUGCAUUGUAGUGGACUUGGAUGAAACAUUGGUUUGGGCGCGAAGAGGAUCAGUGUACCUUCGGCCGUAUUUAAAAGAAUUCCUUGACGCCUGUCACAUGGAGGGCUGCGAAGUAGUGGUGUGGUCAGCCGGAUCGCCGUUGCACGUGAACAACGUUGUCCGUGCCGUGUCAGAUGUGUUGCAACGAAAGGAUUGGUUCCACCACAUCAUCAGUCGUCAUCACAAGUGGUAUCGUGAUGAGGAAGAUGACGCGAAGGACUUGUCAAUUCUCGGUCGACCGCUAAAUCGAGUAUUAAUGCUUGAGAACAGUCCACGGUCCAUUUGGCGACAACCAAGGCAUGCUGUACUUGUGGAGGAUUUUAAUGAACCAGCGAAACGCGAUAACUCUUUGAGAAUCAUCCUGGAGUUAGUGCGACGUCUGGUGUCUGUUUUGAGGGGUGCUAGUGAUUCAUCCGAUGUGGACGUUCCUCGUUUACUUGCAGAAGAUGUUGCGUUAGUUGAUCUUUCGUUUUCUUUGUUGGACAAUUCCAAGAAUGAAAGAAGCAUAUUCUGUAAGGGACUUCUAUACUCUCCACAGGACACUUUCGCGUGUAGAAGUUACGGGGGCGAAAAUCCCUCGGUGCCUCGGGGGAAUGGGGCGUGA